AUAGAAGUUUUAGGAUGUGUGAUAUGAAAGGAAUUGAUAAUGAAUUCAAUGUGCAUCUGCUUGCUUUGAUUAACUGUGAAUCUGGUUGUGGUUAUCGUUUUUGAAAUGGUUAGAUAUAGUUAAUGCGAUUUGUGUAAUGGUGAUGACUGCGCUUGAUGUAAUGGUUAGAUAGAGUUAAUGCUAUUAGUGAUGGUGAUGAAUGCGCUUGGUUACGGUUAGAUAGAAUUGAUGUAAUGGUUAGAUAGAGUAAAUGCACUUGUUAGCUAAAUGUCAACUCUAAUUUGUUGGCUGUGAUGAAUGCUUGUACGUUAUGGAGAUGAAAUGUUCAUUUGCUUUCUCUCUUCUGUCACCUCUUCUCUUGCAUCUAUUAAAGACAUAUCUUUCUCCUCUAGCUUUUCAUCUGUCAAACGUUUCAUUCUUCUUCUCUAGCUUUUCUUUCAAAAACCUCGGUAUGGAUUAUAAUCCUUCAAAUUUUGUUGACCUUCUCAAUAGCCAACAAGACGUUCCGUUUGGGUUAGGGGAAGAUAGUGUCCAUGUUUCUUCAUCACAGGUUCCUCAUCUCGGUGAGACCCCUGCAGAGCGUAAAGAAAGAAGAACAUGGACGCCUACAGACGAUCAAGUGCUCAUAUCCGCUUGGUUAAACACUAGUAAGGAUCCCAUUGUAGGGAAUGAGCAGCGAUCUGGAGCUUUUUGGCAGAGAAUUGCCGCGUACUUCGCAGCAUCACCAAAGAUUGGAGCCAGUGAAAGGAGGGAGUCCAGUCACUGCAAGCAGCAUUGGCACAAGAUCAACGAUCAAGUUGGGAAGUUCUGUGGCGCGUUUGAAGCUGCAAGCAGAGAGAGAACCAGCGGGCAAAACGAUAAUGACGUUUUGAAGCACGCCCAUGAGAUCUUCUUCAACAACCACAACAAGAAAUUCACUCUCGAACAUGCGUGGAAGGAGAUUCGGAACGAUCAAAAAUGGUGUGACCUGUCAAGUUCUAAAAUGGAGAGUGCCUGUAAAAGGAGGAAGCUCGACAACAGCGCACAAUCAGCAGCCUCUCACGCCUCUGAAUCCAUGACUGAUCGUCCCCCGGGUGUUAAGUCAGCUAAGGCCAAUGGUAAGAAGGGAAAGGCAGAGGAAAGGCUGUCUGAGUAUACGGGUAUGUGGAGCAUCAGGCAGGAGGAUAUGGCUAACAAAAAGGAGCUGACGAAAAUGAAGCUCCUUGAUAGGCUAAUUGCAAAAGUUGAGCCGCUUGAUGAGUCUGAAGAAAUCUUGAAAAAGAAACUCAUCAAGGAGUUGUUUAAUUAGGUUCCAUUGUCACGGGAAGUGAAGGAGUGGAGUCUGUCUUGUAGUAGUCACGGUCUUGUUGUCACGGAAGUGAAGGAGUGGAGUCUGUCUUGUAGUAGUCACGGUCUUGUUGUCACGGGAGUGAAGGAGUGGAGUCACGGGAGUCACGGGAGUGAAGGAGUGGAGUCUGUCUUGUAGUAGUCACGGGAGUGUAUAACGUUUGGUUCUUGUAUUGUAGUAGUCACAAGUCUGUAUGCAACUUAAUUUUAUAAGUCACCUUCUCUAUAUAGUUGUCAUCAUUUUCUCUUUGUUCUCUCAUCAUCUCUUCCCUUCUCUAGUUGUCUUCUUUACUUUUCAAGCUCCCGUAAACUAUAUUGAUCCUGUAUAAUUGUGAUCACAAGUCUUUCUCAUAACCACUCUCAUCUUCUCUCCUCUUUAUUUUUAUCACAUUUUUUAAACACAAAAUUUAUACACAAAAUUUUACGUUUCAAGCAAGUCAAUGGCAUCUGGUUCUCAUAACCCUUUUGAGGCAUCAGAUGAUGAUGAUGAAUUUGAUCAAUAUUUCGAUCAAACUUUCGAUCAAUAUUUCGAUCAAACUUUCGAUCAAACUUUCGAAGAUUUUACCAAUGAUUAUGCUAAUGAAGAAGAAGAAAGGAA